AUGAAGUUCUUCUUCGAGUUCAUCACCACACCUACGGCAGACACGCCAGGCACUACCCUUAUCGUCCACUUCGAUGACAAGCGCUACCUAUUCGGCCAUAUACCCGAGGGCCUACAGCGGGCCUGCGGCCAUCGUAAUAUCAAGUUCACCCAUGUCACGGACAUUUUCAUGUCCGGCAAGACGUCGUGGGCGAACAAUGGCGGCCUGCUCGGGAUCAUCCUAACGCUUGCCGAGUCGGCGAAUACCUCUGCCUGGUCGCAGAAGGAGGUGUAUCGGACGAAAGCAGAGCGGUUGGCAAAGCUAGCGGCCGAGACGGCGGAUCCGGUGCAGGCAGAGUCAUACCGGCGGCGGCUGGAGCAUUUCCAGGAGCGGAGCAACAAGCUUGCCGUGGAGUUUGAGCGGCGGGGGAAGCUGGCUAUCCAUGGCGGGCCGAAUUUGACGCAUACGGUGGCGACGGCGAGGAAGUUUAUUUUUCGGACGGGGAUGCCGGUUUAUAUCCAUGAGUUUAAUGGGUUUUCCGAGGGGGGAGGGGAAGGGGAGGGGGAGGGGGUAGGUGGUGAGAGGAGGAAUGUGGCGGAACCUACGUGGACCGAUUCGCAUCUUAAGGUGUGGGCGCUCUCGAUAUCGCCCACAUCUUCUCUUGGAUCGCCUACUGGAUCUGUAGGAAGUAUGAAAAGUGGACGGAAGCGAAGUCUGGAUGAGUUCCAGGAAGGUCCUAAUGCUGGUGCUGCAGUUGCUGGACAGGGUUUGGAGAGCGAGAAUGCUAGCGCCCUCGAUAAACGUGCUCAGGAUCAAAUAGCUCGCCAGGCGGUGGUGUCUGACAUGUUCAACUCCGACUGGCGUUUGGAUUCUCUGGUCGAGAUGCCACUCAGUGAAGUUCGGCACCCUGCAAAAAUCUUCGUCCGUAACCGGGAAACUCACAAGCUCGAACCGUAUACGGGUCCUGGGCCGGAUGCCACCGAUACCGUUCCCGAUAUUACGGUUUUAGUUCGGAAGCCAUGGCCUGGUGCUUUGACGGAGACUCUUCCCCCAACUACCCCGUCGGACAUAUCGAUUUCGUAUAUUAUUCAACAUUAUGAUGUGCGGGGGAAAUUCAAUGCGGCGAAAGCCAAAGCCUUGGGUGUUAAACAAGGUCCUAAGUUUGGUCAAUUGACUGCGGGUCAGAGUGUGGUGUCCGAGGAUGGGAAGGUAAUCACUCCGGAGAUGGUUAUUGGAGAAUCUCAGCCGGGUGGAGGAAUUGCUUUUUUGGAUAUCCCCACGGCCGACUAUGUCGAAAAUCUCGUCAAUAGACCUGAGUGGACUACGCCUGAAGUGAUGAGGGGGCUUACAACUUUUGUCUGGAUCCUUGGUCCAGGCGUUGGCAGCCAUCCGCUUUUACAGGAGUUCGUGGUUAAAAUGUCGCAGUACAAGCACAUCGUCUCUUCUAUGGAUUACUGUUCAAAUUACCUCGCGUUCCCGUUUGGUUCCACGGAGACCACACAUUUCUCCGUCCUCGACAAUGAACGAUUCCACGUGCCACAUCAUGAUAACGUGGAACUUCCACAAAAGACCUUCCUUACGCUACCUUCAUCGUCGCCACCAUCACGACCUGCGAGUGACCCUUUGAAGUCAGUGUUCCUGCCUGCACUUCCCAACUUACAAGUCGAGCUGCAACCGAAGUUUCUGAUCAAUAGCGAUGGUGUCCAUAAACCCCUCAAUACAAAUAACAUCACCAAACAGAUAUCCUCUCGUGUCCUCAAAUUAGCACGCGAGGCCAAGGAAGACAUUAACAGUCCCGAGUUUCAGGAUCUUCUGAAGAAGGUUCGCCAGAACAUCCCCAAUCAGGAUGCAGAGAUUAUCACGCUCGGAACCGGCUCUUCCCUGCCAUCGAAAUACCGAACUGUUUCUGCAACUUUACUCAGGGUUCCUGGGGUUGGGAACUACUUAUUUGAUUGUGGUGAAAAUACUCUUGGGCAGCUGCAGCGCACGUUCGCGCCGGAGGAGUUGCAGGAGGUCCUACGAGAUUUAAAAGUGAUAUGGAUAAGCCACUUGCACGCAGACCACCAUUUGGGGACUGUGUCUGUUAUCCGGGCCUGGCAUAAGGUCACGCACAGAACUCAGUCUCGAACAGCGCCUCCACCGGAGCAAGAGCGCGAUCUUACGAAACUCCUAAAUGAAAAGAGACUUUUCGUUGUCUCUAAUGCGAAAAUGAUCGAAUGGCUGGCCGAGUACUCCAGCGUGGAGGACUACGGCUUCGACAAUCUCUUACUCCUCGCGGCUGACCCCACGGUUCCAGAUAGUUUCCACUACAGCCAUCUGGGCAGCGAUGGACAACCCCUCCUCGACUACCAUGGGAAGCCCCUAACAACCUUCGUCUCCUUCAACCCUGACCGGUCACCGCUCGCUCUGCAACUCCAGCAAGCCACAGGCCUCAGCACUCUCCUCACCGUCCCCGUCAUGCACUGCCAAGGUUCCAUGGCUACCUCCUUCGUUUUCCCCUCCGGCCUGAAAGUCUCGUACUCCGGUGACUGCCGCCCAUCGCGCGACUUUGCCAGAGUCGGCGCGGACUCGACUGUGCUGAUCCACGAGGCAACCUUUGAAGACGACAUGCUGCAGGACGCCCAGGCCAAGCGGCACAGUACGUGCGGCGAGGCAUUGCGGGUCGCCAAACAAAUGCGCGCGCGUAAUGUAAUCCUCACUCACUUCAGUCAGCGGUAUACGCAUAAACCCACCAUCCCGCGCUUGAAGAUAUGGGCUUCUUCCCACCUCUACUCGCCCCCCCGCUCCCCAUCCCACCCCCGCGCGCGCUCCGCAUCGGGAUCCCCACUCUUCAACAAACUCCCCGCACGCAUCGCGGCGUGGAGAGCAAAUAACCCGCCGGACGUCCCCGUUUCGGAGAACGAUGCUGCCAGUAAUGGCAGUGACAAUAACGGUGACAUUGAUGGUGACGAUGACGGUGGUAAUGCCCGUGGCUUGGAUUCCGAGUACAGAACACCAAUGUACGGCGCGCCCACGCCGGACGUGAUGCAGCUGGACGGCGGGGUGCCCGUGCCCGUUGUCGUCGCUUUUGACAUGCUCCGCGUCCGUGUUGGCGAUAUGCUGUGCGCGCAGCGCUAUGUUCCCGUUCUCAAUCGAUAUUAUGAUGCUAAGCAGGUGAUGGCGGUUGAGCACGAGGAAAGGAGGGACAGAGCGAGGGCGCUGGCGGGUAAGGAUGGGGGUGCGAGCGGGCUUGAUGUCGGCAAGGGGAAGCAGAAGCAGGGAAAAAAAGGGCCAAAGCAGGAGGGCGGGGGGAAGAGGGAUGGGCAGCAUGGCAGACGCCAAUCCGGGUCUGGCGCUGCUGAUGUUCCUUGGCUUGAUCAACGAGGACAUGAUAGGCAGGAUGAAGCGCAGCUCUCUACGGGUGGUAUGGGCGGUUAG